AAUUGAAAAUGGAUUGUACAUUAUUAACUUUCAAUUUACUUAAUAUUUACCGAAUUAUAUAUUCUAUAUAAUUAUUAGAGUAAAUUAAAGAAUUGUAUCGAAGUAUUGUAUUUUUAAUAUUUCUAUUAAUUGAUCGAAUCAAUAUGGCUGUUCGUAGUAUACACAUGUAAGUUUUCUUUCGAUAAAGUGUAGAACCGCCUACAAUUGAACGUUUUAAUAGUAUUUUUUAUCGAAAACAAAGCUCCUUGUAUCAGAUAAAUAUCUUUUUCCUUUAAACAUGGCUGGAAAUGUACAAGUGUUAGAAGGAUUUAUAUGUCCUAUAUGCAUGCUCGAUUUUAAAGCACCAGAUCAGUUACUUAAACACUUCGAAGAAUGUCAUAAUGAUGAUUCAGAGUUUCUUAAAUGUUUUAAAGAUUUAAUUGACAGGGCUAAGAAAAAAAUUUUAAAACAAGAUGAAAUACCAGAAGUUUUUGCCUGUGCAACAAAUAACGAAGAACACAAGUUAGAAAUCAGCAGGGAACAACAAGAAACAGGUGUAACUAAAUCGCACACGAAAUAUUUCAAAGAAAUAAGACACAAGAGAUUAGAACGUUAUGCAUCAGAAACAAACAAAUUACUAAUAAGAUUGAAUAAACUAUUAAAUAAUUUGCCAUCUGAUCCAGUCAGUAGAAAAAGACACGAACAAGAUAUAGUGCCAUGGAUAGAUGAAAGAGAUGUCAAGUUGUGUCCUACUUGUGCUAAAAGCUUUAAUGUUGCUAGAAGAAAACAUCAUUGUAGACUUUGUGGAGCUAUCAUGUGUAAUAAUUGUACUCUUCAUUUGUCACUAUUGGAUGCUCGAAAAAUGAUAAGUCCUGUUUCUAUACAGGAUGAUUCUGCUGUUUCUCCAACAUCCUCUGUAAAAGAUUUUUCAAAACGUGUAUUAAACGCAGGUAUAGGACUUACAAAAUUGGCAAGAUCUCCAUCAAGUAGUAGCUUGAAUAGCGUUUUGGCUUUAGUCAACGAUUCUACUAGUACAGAACAGUACUUUAAAAUCUGUACGCAUUGUAUGAAUUUACUUGAUGCUAAAGAAAAGCAGAAAGAAAAACGAUUUCAUAAACCAAUAGUAUGCCAAUUUUAUCAAAAAAUGAAAUCACACAUGGAAGAAACUACACAGAUACUGGCAAUGUAUAAUAAAAUGAGCGAAUCUUUGAGAGAAGGAGAGUCUACUUAUGACUUACAAGAUGCUCAAACAUUACGUCUUAAGAUUGCAAAAUUGGGCGAAAAUAUAGAUACAAUUAGUAAAACAAUUUUAGUUCUUGGUACAAGAGAUGUGGAAAAUUCACCUCAAGGGCAAGAACUUAGAUUGCAUCAAAUGGUUAGGACGAGUGCAAUGAUAUUUUUAAGAGAACAAUUACUAUCGAUACAAUCGUUGCCUUCGAUAGAAGAAUAUGCUACAUUACAAAAAGAACGUCAAGAACGAAUAGAACGUAAGGCUGAUUAUGAACAGAGAUUGCAAGAACAGAGGUGGAAAUCGAAAGAACAGUAUAAGAAAGACACCCGAAACUUGGAAAGUUAUCUACUUGUAAAAGAAAACCAACAAGAAAAGGUUUUGGAACAAGGUUGGAGUCCAUCUAAUAAUACUCCUAUGAUGUCUUCUUCUAUGAAUCCGUUCAUUGAACAAAUGAAUAAUUUAAGGACAUAUAUAAAACAAGCUAAAGCAGAUGGUAAAUUUGAUGAAGCAUCUAUUCUAGAAAGUAAUCUUAAAGAAUUGCAAAGUUUCUAUUUUGUUACAAAGGAAAGUAAUAAUACCGAAUAAUAAAGAAAACCUAUAACGUUCCUACGACAAACUUUGAAGUAAUCCUCUAUGUGAUGUGUUUUAUAUAUUAUGCAUUGUUCGUUACAUUAGUAAAGUAAAAUAUACGUAAUAUGAAAGAAUCGUGCUUCAAAUAAUUAAAGUGAUUGGAAACAUAUUAACCUGAUAAUUGGAGAAGUCGAAUUAACUCCUCACGAAGAUUUAACUCGCUUCUCAUGACUAAAGAAUAAAUAAAUCAUUUGCGUUUCUCAUUUUUAUUAAGAAAGCAUUCUGCUUUCAUCUAUACUUAUUUUUAUUUCAUCGAUUGAAAAUCUCUUCGUUAACAAGUUAAUCUUCAUCAAACUCUAAUUUAUGAAGUUCGUGAUUUUGCUAAUUGAUAAUGAAUAAUUGUAUUGUAUUUCUUACUUUUGGAAUAUAUAGGAUAUGUAUAAUGUGUUAUUGUAGUAAUCUAUCAUGAUAUAUUUAAUAAUGCACAUGCAAGUAUAUAAAAUAUAUACGAAAAUUUAAUUAACGUACACGCGCACGCGUGCGCGCGCGCACACACACACAUACACAUGUAUUUAUAUAAAUCUCUUCCCUCUUCCACGCUCUCCCUCUUUCUCUCUUUCCGUAUAACAAGAAAUAUAAUUUUAAAAAAUUUCAGUAUAUAUUAAAAAAGUAUAUAACAAUCGAUGCAUUCCAAUUUAUAUAUUCGUAAUACUUCCAAGAAAUCAUAUAAAAUUAAAAAAGAUAUCAGUCUUAAAGUUUAGCUUUUAAGCUAAUCAUUAAUUUUUCCAAUUUCAUAGCUUUUUGAAGAUUACCACUGAUCUUCAAUUUUCCUGUCAUAAAUGCGGUUGUUGGUUUUAGUUUACC